UCUGUCGGUCGGCGCUGUUGGCUGGGAGGAGAGAGAAAGAUCAGCUACCACGGUCCCUCUGGGCCUGGCACCUGGAGGGUUUCCUUGUUAGAAGAAGCUGUAACCUGCAGCUUUCUGCCCUGAUUGUGAAAGAGCUGAUAAGUGCGCGCUGGUGCCGGCGCUCGCCGCGGCUGCCGAGCCUUGGUGCAAAGUAUGAUUUGAAACUGUCAACAUGGACUUUUCACGUCUACACACGUACACCCCUCCCCAAUGUCUGCCAGAGAACACUGGCUAUACAUAUGCACUCAGUUCGAGUUAUUCUUCAUCUGCUUUGGAUUUUGAGACUGAGAACAAAAUAGAUCCAGUGUUUGAUUCACCCAGAAUGUCACGGCGUAGUUUACGGUUGGCUGCUGGAGGAUACAGUAAAUCAGAUGAUGGACAGAGUGAUUCCCUUCAUGACAGCUCUUAUUCUGGAAACAUGUCCUUCAGGGAUCAUUCGAAGGUAAAGCAACGCAGAAGUAUGAGCAAGCAGUCUGGCAGUGGAAGACAUGUGCCAAGGAAAAAUCUCUCCAGCUCAUCUAUUUUUAGCCAGAGCAGUUUCAAUAGCCAUGCCAGUGAUACAUCAAUGAUAUCCACUAUAUUGGAUGAGUCUCUGAUUCGGGAACAGACAGAAGUUGAUCAUUUCUGGGGCCUUGAUGAAGAAGGUGACCCCAAAGGCAGUGACACCACGCUGCUGCAGGGGAACGGUGGCAUAGCAGCAGCAGAGCUGCAGCCCACGCUGAACGGCUACACGUGCAGUGACUGCAGCAUGCUGUCAGAGAGGAAGGAGGUCCUCACUGCCUACUCACCUUCCCAUGUGCCAUCCUCCAGGAUCUACACUAGGGACAGGAGCCAGAAACAUGCAUCUAGAGGAACAUAUUUCUACAUGAGUAAGAUUCUACGAUUGGUCAAAAAUACUGCAGCAUCUUUUGCAUCACUAUUAGUGCAACUAUUUCAAAUGGUUUUGCUGAAGCUGGGUUAUGAAUAUAAAGCUCACUCAGACUACUGUGGAAGCAUGAAUGUAAAGGAGUUCUACAGAGAAGAUCGUCACCUAGGUGUGAAUGAGGAAUCAAUAUGUGAUGACUGUAAAGGGAAGAAACAUCUUGAAAUGUACACCACAGACCACAUGCAGUCCUCAUGGGCUAAAAGGGUAGCAAGGACCAUUUGGCACACCUUUUCUUCUGCAGGUUACUUUAUGCUUCACGUGUUGCGAACAGCAGGAGCCACGGGAUGGCUUGUGUCACAGAAGGUGUUGUCUCUACUUUGGCUGGCCAUUCUCUCUCCAGGGAGGGCAGCUUCUGGCAUGUUCAGGUUGCUUAGAACUGGGUGGUAUCAACUUGUUACUCUGAUGUCUUUGCUCAAGGUGUUUCUUGUAAGAAGAUGCCUUCCAAAGAACUACAGGUGGUUACUGUUUCUUAUCCCACUCCUGUUUCUACUAGGUUUGUGGUUCUGGGGGCUUAAUGGCUUAAUUUCAUUAUUACCUCCACUGAACUGGACGAGAAUUGGCACAAUACAGAAAACAGAUGAUUCUGUUCAUGUUCCUGAACCACAAGAUGACUCUUUUCAUUCUGUGCAACCUCCAAAGGAUACCAUAAAUAUCUUUGACUUUGGUCGGAUAAGUGAGCUGGAAAAGCAAAUGGCCUUCGUGUCUGACAGAUGCCAUGACCGAAACAAAGAGUACAACAAAGUGAUGAGCCUACUCCAGAAUCUUCAAGAUCAGGUUGCCACAAUGAGUGACAGAAGUGAAACAUUGAAUUUAAUAAAAAACGUGAUGAGUCAAUAUCUUAAAGAUAUGAAAUUGGAGGAAAAGACUGAUUUCCUGGCUUUACACAAAGAACACGAGUUGCGCAUCCAGACACUGGAAGAACUUCUUAGAAAACUCUCAGCUGAAUCCAAGGACAUCCAGAAGGAGUUUGACCUAGCCAAAUCAAAAUCAGUAAGAGAUGAUGAUCAAUACAGUCUACUUAUGUCCAAAAUUAAAAAGCUAGAACUGGAGCUGGCUUCUAUGAAAUCGGAGCUGUUAUCUGGGGAAAGUGUGAAGACGAGUUGUGGGAAAAUGGAUGUCAUUCACGAACAAGUAGAUGCCCAGGUCAAGGAAUCUGUCAAGCUAUUGCUUUUUGGUGAUCAGCAAGAAGACUUGCCUGAAUCACUUCUCCAGUGGCUUACCUCUAAUUUUGUGAGCAAAAGUGAUCUACAGACUGUGCUGCGGGAUCUUGAGUUGCAGAUCCUCAAAAAUAUUACUCUCCAUAUGUCUGUAACAAACCAAAAAUUAACAUCUGAAGUAGUUACAAAUGCUGUGACUAAUGCAGGGAUUUCUGGAAUCACAGAAGCGCAAGCACAGAUUAUUGUAAAUAAUGCACUGAAACUCUACUCUCAAGACAAGACUGGGAUGGUGGAUUUUGCCUUGGAAUCUGGAGGUGGCAGCAUUCUGAGCACUCGCUGUUCUGAAACCUAUGAGACCAAGACAGCAUUAAUUAGCCUCUUUGGAAUUCCUCUGUGGUACUACUCUCAGUCUCCCAGGGUGGUGAUUCAGCCGGACAUGUAUCCAGGGAACUGCUGGGCUUUCAAAGGAUCACAGGGCUAUCUUGUGGUGAGACUUUCCAUGAAGAUCUAUCCAACUGCCUUUACAUUGGAACACAUACCAAAAACUCUUUCACCAACAGGAAAUAUCACCAGUGCUCCUAGGAAUUUUGCAGUAUAUGGUCUGGAGGAAGAAUAUCAAGAGGAAGGCAAGCUUCUAGGAGAGUAUGUAUAUGAUCAAGAUGGAGAACCACUGCAGAUGUUUCCAGUGAUGGGGAAAAAUGAAGAGGCAUUCCAAAUAGUGGAGCUGAGGAUUUUCUCUAACUGGGGCCAUGCAGAGUACACCUGCCUUUAUCGGUUCAGAGUGCACGGGAAACCUGCUGAGUAAUCCACACUACAGCUGGGGGUGGCUGCUUUGUACAUUUUGUUCCUAAUCUGUAUAUACUGGGAAGCCUACAACACUGGAAUCUGUAAAGGACGAGGAUGCAAGAUGCACACUGCAGAACUAUUGAUCCUCUGAUAAAGGCAGAAGACUGUCAGCAGAAAUGUAUAAACCCCAAUUUUUAUUUGCUCUAAGGCUCAGCUUGUAAUUGCCAGUUCGCUUCAUAUUUCUGUGUCCAUGCUGAGAGAAAUAAUGCAUGCAAACAGCUCUGGUUCAUACAGCCCAGUUGGCAAACAGGUGACACACGUUUUACUACAAAUGAAUGUAUAGGUUUUUUAAAAAGAAUAAACCACACUUUCUGCAACUAGGAAUCUGUUCUUUUUUAAUCCAGGACUUAACUGCCUACUUUUGCUAGCUUGGCACCAUAAGCCAAAAACUGUGGUACAUUUUGAACACUGACUGUGGCUAAAGGUGUCCUUCAGUUGACAGUUGGUUUUAACCUUUUUGGUGGAUCCAAAAGGGCUUCUUUGCUACAUGUUGAAUAUAAUAAAUACUUCUGUCAGGGAAAGCUAACACAACCAAAACCAGUUGAAACACCAGCGACUGAGAAUGCUCUACUGUAAUUUGUGGCUGCGAAUUGCUCUAAAAGUCAGGGAUAACUUGAAGUAACUGAAGUUAUUUUAAGGGUUUUUACCAUGGCAACUUGGCCAGUUCUGUUCUUUUUUUAGUGUCAAUCCCGCAUCGACCUUGAUGUACUGACUGGCUGGGAGCUGAUAAGCCUUCUACAGCAGUUGCACUACCUUAGUUUGUCCAAAGUGGGACAAGAUUUUCUUAGACUGGUUGAUUGUUAUUCUCCAUUUGUACUGUGAGAAUUGUGUGGAAAACAAGCCUGAAGCAAUUCUCGCCGCGUCACAGUUACCAGAGGGACUCGAGCUCAGCGCUGCUGUGUGCAAACACGGGCAUUCCUGAUCCUCCCCACAAGCCUUAGUCGGGUACCAGAUGAGUAGACUUGCUCUUGGAAACAACAUUUUCACAUAGAACAAGGUGAAAUCGCUAAUUGCCCCCCUUAGCCUUGCUGCUUUGAAGAUCCUUUUUGGAAAAGAUUCAUGAAAUUCACUUGUUUGCAGAAUUUUUAUCUCGCUGUUCUAGUGCAUUUUGUAGUUACACAGAACUGUUACACAUGGACCUGCUGACUGGUUUUCUGAAUUGAGUUAUGUAUGUUGCACAACAGUCCUCGAAUGUUUGAAAUACAGAAAGUCUCCAUGUGAAGAACUUUUUUUCAUUCGACGUAGAGACAGAACCCAUGGCCUACGCAGAGGAGUAGAUGACACAUGUACAGGUGUUUUCAUAUUAUAGGUUACAUAUUUAAAAUUAGAAUUAUCCUGUAUAAAUUGAAAUUAGGUAGCUGGGGGGGAAUAUUUUGAAUAACACUAACUUAUUUUUAAAAACGCAAGAUAGGACUUUGUGCAAUGUAUUUUUGUAAAUGCUUUUCAAAAUGUCUGUUAUUCUUUGCUGCCUCCAAACUGACAAGAUGCUAUUGAGAUGUUUAAAUAAAGAGUUUUAAUUUUUGAAAGUGCAUGUAAUACUUGAAACAAGAAAUAAAGCCUCUUUUCUGUUUUUU